AUGGAUACACCAGGUAAGUGGUUUCUGUUCAUUGUGUCUAAGCUGCUUCUCUCUAUAACAUACACUCCAAGUGUUACUCUUUUCUAGGAGCUUCAUACUGUUGCUGUGUCUGAAUGUAACUACAAUAAAUCUGUCUGGGAUCAGAAGAAGUAAAACCCAUUUCUAAUUCUCUAACAACUUUAGCUGUGUCAACUGUUCUUACAAGGGGACCUAAAACUUCUCAACAACCCUGCCAUUUCCCUCUUUAAUAAAUAGUUGGGGUGUAAGGUGGGGUUUUCUUUUUUAUUUAUUUUUUUUUUUUUCUCACCUCUUCCCACUUGGUGAGAGGGCUGUGUAACUAGAUGUUCUGCUAUUUGUCUCCUGUAAUAGUUCAUUAUAUCUAUAAUGGUCUCUCACCCCUGAGAUCUUGUUGCUGGCUUGAGGGGGGAACUAAUUGGAUAUCAACUAGCUACAUUCAAAAGCUGGUAUGUUUGUUUUGAAUAUCUCGUUCUUGGUAAGACCAGGGUUAAAUCUGCUUGGUAAAACCAAGACUGAACUAGCAGCUAGAGAAUUAAACUAAAUCUAUUUAUUGCGUUUGUUUUGCCAUUUGGAUUUAAUACCAUGAAAUAUCUAUAGUGAAGGCUCAUUACCCAGCUAGACUCACUGUUCUUAGCACACUAAGUCUAAUGUUGCUCUCCAUGGGUGACUUAGACACUCCGGAUGGGGUGUACCUGUGGUUUUUUUUUUUUUUUUUUUUUAAAUGCACCUGCAGAGGAUGGUUAAAAUGCUCGGCUUGUGGUCUUAAUGAACUGGCUCACUUAGUAUUUCCCCUUGCUAGUUAUAAACUGAACUAGGGCUGAAGCCAAAUGCUCAAAUUGUUUUGGUUUUGUAAGCAAUAACCAGACCUCUAAUGAGGCUGAAGCUAUAACAGCAAGAGGCUCCACCAAUCACAGGGUCAAUACAGCAAUUAUUUGAAUUAUUUAUAAAGGUAACUUUCACUUCCAUCCCAGUGUGUGGGCUUAUCUCUCUUGAUGCAUAUUACAUUGAAUAUGUUGGGCAGUCUUCUUCUAAAUGAUAUGGCACUAGAAAUAGAGGCAGACUAUAAAAUAAAUGGAGCAUCUUGGUUAUGAAGAAAUGUUAAAGGGACACCUGUGUUCCUGCGCUAGGUUUUCCUUGCACCACCUUACACUGUAAGGGUUAAUGAAGCAUUGUUUUAGGGUGGAAAUGACCACAGGGUCUAGAAACACCAACAAAGUUUCUGCUUUCCUUUUUAUCUCUAUAAUCAGCUGUUGGGAAUACUCACUGACCUCACACCACUCAGAUGUAGUCUCAAUAGGCAUUCAAAGGUUUUAAUGCAUAGUACAUCGUUGUUGCAGAAAUGCCUCUGCCAUGUGUGCCUGGAGGGGCUGGCUGGUUCCUGCCUAAAGACUAUGGGCCCUGCAAAAACCCUGUUAAAAAAAACUUUGCUCAUGCGUGGGUUUAUUUAUUUUUCUCCUAUGCAUGAAUUAUGGACCAUCCGGGAGCUUGUUUUAGCCCUAUCAUCACCUCCUUUAAAGAUUCUAACUGUAGGUCUGGGUGGCCGCAGUUUGUAUGUAUGAACGACCACAGGUGUUUGGGCUUUGAGCGCAUGGAACUGAAUCUGACACUGAAACGUCCGAACACCGCUGGACUUGCAUCAUCACCUGCAUGCAUUUCUAGACCACCUGGAAGGGCUUUAUUCAUCUGGAUGAGAGGAAGAAGCUCCAUGGUAUGACUAUUGACUACGUUUGGUAGUUUGUUCACUUUCAAACUACCAACCUUGACUGACCGCUACCACUUUUCCCUGGAACUAUUUUUGGGCAGGAGUCUCGUGUGGCUGGGCAAACUAUGACUUCCAUAGAAAGCCUGAACCGACCUGGGUGGCCAACAUAUCCUAAAAAUCACCCAUAUCGGGGCAUCAAGAGAUGUGACUUUGGAAGGGGGGGGUUGUGUUUUUGGGGUGUCUGUAAAAUGUGUUUGUGCCUGGAGAUAAUUGAGUUUGUACAGUUCCUGACUGAAUAAUCUCUCAAGCACAGGGGAGGGAUUGCCCUGUUUUUAGUAUGGGAAACCCUUUGCAUAAAAGGCGGUGUCUGGCUUCUAAUCAGGACUCCCAGCAUUAAGUCUGGACUCGUGUGGGGGAACAGAUACUGCUAGACCACUUGCUCUUUUACUGGCUAUACAGCGCUGCUCUCUUGGAGAGGUUUUCCCACUGGGAGCUGGAUCCAGGUGUUUGGUCCAGGGUGGAAAGGGACAACAAAAGACAAGCUGUGGCGGCUAAGGCUGGUUAUGGUGUCCUGUGAGCACAAGGAAGCGUGACUGGCUGAGGUAACACAGUUGGGGUGCCAGGCGGUACGUCACAAUCGUGUCUGUAUAGAAAUAUAAAACCAUUUGUCUAGGGGUGUAUAAAUAAACAUUAUCCAAUCAUGGAAGCCUCAGAACCGUAAGUAACUUCAUAUAAAACUUGCUGUUAGUCUCUUGUUGACUGAUGCAAGAGACAGUCUUAGAUUUAGGAACCCAAUUAAGAAUUGCAGGUGUUAUAAAUGCUAUUUUUAUUUAAUUUUCUUCAAGUGCAGGAUGUUUAUAAACGAGAGCACAAGAAUAGAAAAAUAUUAUAAUAUUAAAAAGUGAGUUCAACCCUUCCAAAGCCUGAGUAUCUUUUAUUCUAAUCAGGCCUACUGACCAUUUUGUCUUUCAAGUUAUGUAUAGCGUAAUACUCUAGCUACGUAACAAAAAAUACAGAAGAAAGCAGGACACAAGACUGACAGUCUGUAAAAUAUAUAUCUGUAUGUCUAGGGGAAUACUCACUCACCAUUGCAUAAGUAAAUCAAUAUUUCCUGACAGCUGUAAUUACUAAUAUAUUCAGCACCGCUUUCCCUCUGUUCUGGGUCAGUGUUCAGCUUCCUCUGCCACUUGACUGCAAAUGCACUAUGCUUCAAUGCUUUCCUACCAGGAUAUUACUGAUCCUGGAUCUCAUCAUGCAGAUUUUCAAAAUAUUCUAAUAAAACAAUAUGUGCAAAGCGGUUUAGAGAUCUUCAUUUUUAUACCCCUCAUUUCUAAUGAAUAACUUGCACCCUAGUCUGCUUCACUUGUAAUGGUAGAAUUCCUAAUGUGACCAUUCUCUCCCUAAUAAGAGGUCUUCUUAUACACCAUGCAUAGCCUGCAGUUAAAGAUUUAAAAUCUAAAUACAAUCUGUUUGAACAAAAUCCCAUGUUGUGAAUUGCAUCUGAUGGUGGCUAUAACCUCUUCCUAUUGGCUUCCAGAUACCCUCCUGUUUGCUGUGAAGGAUUACAUUGGCAGAGCUGGAUUACCACCCAAGAAUCUCCUGGAUAACUUUGAUGCCAGAUCUUGCAUUUUAGGGAAGCUGAAUAAUGUCAGUAAGAUUGCCUUUAACCCAGAAGGGGUGCUGUUUGCUGUGCGUGGUACAGAGCUUUUCAUGGGAGCUAUGCCUUCAAAUCCAAACCUGGACUGGUUCUCGACUGCAAAAAGAGUGGGCAAAACCGACUGGGAUGGGUUUAAAUUUCUCUUCUUUGAUCCAAAUGGCCUUCUGUAUGCAGCUACCAAGAAAGGGGAGUUCUACAAGGGUCCAGCACCAAGCAAUGAAAACGUGUCCUGGCUUUAUGGCCAAGCCACCAAAAUAGGAACUGCUGGCUGGAAUACAUUUGAUGCCCUCUUCUUUGACCCUAAAGGCAUCCUGUACGCAGUGACAAGUGAUGACAAGCUUGUGACGAGAAGCCCUCCAACCAAACCAGACGAUAACUGGCUUGGCUCCAGCAAAACCAUUGGAAAAGGAGGCUGGCGCAUCCUGACCCAUUUCAUGGCUUUCACCCUAGAGUCAGACCUGUGGUGUGUGGAUUCAAAGAAUGGCAGCAUCUAUAAAGGACCAGUUCCGACCACUGCUGAUACCAACUAUAUUGAAAAGGCAGAGAAACUGGGCUGGGGUUACAAUGUCUACCCCCUCCUUUCCUUCACCAUUGAUAAAACCAUGCAGAGUAUUGUAAGCUUUGAAUUCUUGCCAGAUUCAGGGAAAAUCCUGUCCCAAGGCACAGAGGUGGUGCAGACCCAGAUCUAUAACAACAAGAGCAGCACUCCCUUAAAGCACACCUUCUCGUAAGUAAUGGAAACUUUAUUGUGCUGCCUCUAAUACUUCUGCUUGUUGGCAAUGUUUGUUCGUUCUGUGGUGUCAGUGAGGUAAAUGCCUGCUGUACAGAGUACUUGGCUCCAGGUGGUGGAUAGAAAGGAUCUGUAACAGUACAUAAAUUUAGUAAUAUCCCACAUGUGGUCAAUACUGAACAAAGUAGCUGGAGAACUGGGUCAAUAGACCUGUGCAAUUCAUGUAAUUAUAUCUUGGAAGAGUCCAAGUGGCCAAAACUGUGGUGUGUGGGUUUUUGUUUUUUUUUUAAGUAAGGACUCUUCUACUAAAUAUCAGAUGGUUGGCUUUCUUUUCAGCAUUUUAAUGGAUUUGUCAUUAACUUGGUAUUUAUGUUGCACUCUCAUUAUUGAGCCAUCUGCUCAACCUGGAUUAAUGGGUACAUGAAUUCCAGAAGCCAAUGGAACAUCUAUAAUUUCUUUGUUUUUGGACUCUUUAAGCAAACAAAGGUUGAGAUUUUACAGAUCAAAAUAGUUUGGGUCUCUUCUUUGUAAUUACCAAGGCACAUUCUUGGCAAACAUCUCUUACAAACUAGAUUUGGGCACGACUAGCCGUAGUCCUGUCUCUCAAUAUAUUAAUGUGAAGGGGUUUUUUUUUUUUUUUUCUCUCUAGCUUCUCAAAAACCAUAACUGAGAGCAGCACCUUCAGCCAGGAACAUGGAUUCACGGUGGCUGUUGGAGCAGAGAUGUCGUUUAAAGCUGGCGUCCCAUUCAUAGGAGAAAUGGAGACCAAGAUUUCCAUCAAUGUGAGCACAACUCAUACCUGGAAGUUCACCACAACCAACACUACACAGGUAAGCAUGGCUUGUAUAAUGAGAGUGAGAAGAGCUUCUCUGCAUUAGUCUUGGUUUGUUGCUUACAGUAAAGUCACACGGCUAUGAGGGUAAUUCUUCAACUGGUUUCCAUUUUCUGCUAGUGGCUCUCCAUGUAUGACUUGUAUCUGCUUCUAAAGCAACAGUCCCACUGGUUAUAGGUAGCCUGGGUUGGUAGAUGUGGGGCCUGUUACUGCCACUCCAAUAACAAGGCAGCUAGCUGUUAACAAAUAGCUUAAUGGUACCGGCCCGGUUCAGUGUACCCUCUUGCCCAACCUCCUCUAAAAACACUACCUCUCUACUCUGAACUGGUUAACUUGUAGCCUGCUGCAGUGUUAAGUUAGCUUUCCUAAUGGGAUAUUCUAAGCAUUAAAACAAUGUGUGCUUAAUGAGGCAGUUCUGGUGUAUAGAUCAUGCCCCUCCAGUCUCGGUGCUCAAUUCUCUUAAACCUUUUUUGUUUCUCGCCCUAACUCCUGACUGUGACAGCCUGAAUGGUGAAAUGGCUUAACUUUCAAUCAGGCUUACUUGGCAUCUAAAAUCUGAUCUCCUGUUUUCUUCACUGAACUGUAUUCACACAUGGCUAUUGUAGUAUCUAGGAAGAUAUUAACCGAGCAGGAGAUGAUGAAUUUUAGAUUAAUCCUUCUGUGCAAUAAAGGAAUCUGUAAUAUCUAGGCUCUUUCAUGAAUUGUUUUGGAAGUCUGUGCAGAUCACAUGCAGGGAGGUGUGAUUUAAGGCUGCCUAAACAAAGUGAUAGGCCCUGGGGCAACCUAAUGUUAACCUCACCUGCAUUAAAAGGUUAACAUUAGGUUGCCUGAGGUGUCGUGCCCAUCAAGCGUGGAUAAGGUCGGCUGAUGGCGGGCAUUGGAAGGAUAUUUUUAUGACUGGGGGAGGUGAGAGUAAGUGGUGACUAGAAACCACUGUAUGUUUAUUGGCAAGGACGGUUGGGUCGCUGCAUAGCACUAUGUUUGAGUUAUUAUAUGUAUAUAUGUUAAUUUAUGAUUUAUUUAUAACAAUUUGGUUACAGAAAGAGUUUAAUAAAGCUAUGGAUGUGUUAUGCAGUAAUUUAUUUGUUAUAAUAAAUGCUGUGGCCUGUUCAUCCAUACUAAGUUGUCUGUUAUUGGGUUGGGGGGGUUAUUUAUGUUUAUGUGGCAUCGUAAUUCCCCACUACAUACAUGAACUCCAAAACUGCAUAACUGAGCAGUAAGACUGCAGAGGCAUGAUCUAUACACAAAUAGCUUCACAAAGCUACAGCUUUGGUGUCUAGUGUCUUUAUUGUAGCCAGGGGCAUGUAUGUGCAUAGUGGGUAUUGGAUAGCAUUCCUUUCAUCCCCCAUAAAACCAUAAUUUACCCCUUCAAAUAACGACAGACAACUUCUUGGAGAAAACAGGCCACCGCAUUUAUUAACACAACCAAAUACUGUGACUCAUUGAACAUAUAAUGAAAUAACAUAAACAAUUUGCAUAUAGUCAUACAGUAACCAAAGAAACCAUCCUUGCCAAUCUAAUUUCCCCAAGGCUCUCACCUUUCCACCCCCCAUCAUAAUAAAUACAUCUUCCUUUUCAGGGCUCACCACCGACUCAGUGGGGCCCAACCAUAAUGCUCCCCACUGGUCAACUUACAACGCAGUGGGAACACGUCCAACCUGGUAUCUCCUCCAGGUUCACCGUAAGAGACAGGGGGAGGAUGAGACCUGCCCAUUAUCCCCCUCUUUCAUCCUUUAUUUGGCAAGGACACCCCCCUGCCUCACUGACAACCCCCUGGGCCCAAAGCAGCAAAGGGAGGGUGGGCAGGAAACGUGUUGCUGGCCUGGCUCCUAGGUGGCACUGAGGUCAGUCUAAUCUUUUACCACUCGCAUCUCACACUCCCACAUGUAGCAUAGCCAAUCAUGCAUCAUCCAUCCCACACGCAUACAUGUGCCCCUGUCAGCUAAGCUGCACACUCUCCCUGGGGCCUAGAAGGCUUCAAUAAGCACCACACAACAAAAUCCUGUGUGCCUUUCUAAUCUCUCACUUAACCUUAUUGUGGUGCAGUCCAGCUGAGAGUGGCUGGUUGAAACCUGCAGGUUUCAAGUUUUCCCCAUUACUUCACCUUCUUUCUUCUGCAGACUUCCUUCUCAUCCAGCUCUGAUGUGGAGGUACCAGGUGGACAUUCAAUACGUAUGGUGGCAUCUGUGACCAAGGGAGAAAUGGACGUACCGUUCUGUGCCAAGAUCCGCACCUUGUUUGGUUAUGAGACCACCAUCCAGGGAAUGUGGAAAGGGGUCACUCACUAUAACCUGAUGGUCACCCAGGAAGACUACAAACCAUGA